GCUGGCUUCCAAUAUGGCGUCUCUCAGUCAGCUGUAGGGGCUUCAAGUAGUGUUUUCACACUCCGUUAUGUCUGUACUGUAUCUGAGAUGUUUUUACGUAGCAGUUACUUUACUUCUCGGAAGUUCAAAGCAAACAGCUACUAAAGCAAUACUCAGAGAGAGCGGGAUAAUAAGUGAAAGAUGUCACUGCUUUGAAAUUCCUGCCAAGCUACACCGGCUGGUAUUAUUGUCAGUUUCAGUAAUAUGCAAAAUGGUUGAAUAGUUUAUUUUUGGUUAACGGCAUUAUUUUUAGUGUUGUUAGCUUUUCUGACGUUCUAUCGAUUCAUCCCCCUUGGAAUGGGCUCCUCUGGUGCGGACUCAGCACAGUGGCUGUCAGUGAAGGAAGAGACCAUCUUCCUUCAUGACGGACUGAUUCGGGUCACAGAUUUAGCAGAGUUGCCGAGCGAGAUCGGGGUGUCUGAACCAGGUGAUACAGAAUUAGAGAUUUUAACAUUUGAAACUAAAAAUCCAUCAGAAUUAGCAGAACGUCUCCGCGCUGUUUGUGGCAACCAAAGUAAUGCAUAUGCGCGGUUGUUGGAAUACCGUCUUAAUGCUUUACGUGGACUGUGGAAUGCUCAGCGACAGCUAGCUUUGGAAGAGCAACAUGAACGUGAAAACUCUAGUGAUGAGGAAACACUGGCCUUGCUCAAGAGACAGGGCUUGCUGCAACAGCCUGAACAGGCACCUUUUACCUCCAGGAUGGGUCUUCUACUGGUUUUGCCGCUCAUUCAGUCUCAGAGUAAAACAGAUCCCUCCCUGUGUAAUAUAACAGCUGAGGUGCUAUUAAAUUGCCUUCGGGACUGCCAGCCAUUAAGCCUGACAAAGGAACCGUCUGAUUGUUUGAAUGGAUUAGAAUCUUUACUAUGUUCCUGGUUAGAGGACCCUUCUCCAUCUGGUCAGCAGAUGACUCCCAGGCAGAGAGAAAAUGCAGCAGCAGCUCUUGUUGCUUUAGCUUGCGCAAGAGGCUCAUUAAAAACUUUUAUUCAUACUGUACAUCUGCUCCAGAAACAGACUGACUUAGGAUCUUUACCUGUGGCUGAUGUGCUGUAUAGGCUGUUGCUGUUGGAGGGAGGCCCUGGUUCACCUUCCUGUUUGCUAGGAAGCAAACAUAUUGUAUCUUGGGGAUUUGAAGAUAUGCUCCCUGCUCCAGAUAACAGUGCCUCUGGCAGUGAAAAUAAAGAAGCAGAUUUGGGACGUUUUCUCACAACAGAUGGAUCAUACCUUUAUACAACAAAUUCAUCAGCCAAAGGAAUCAGCAAGUUGGGCUCAGGACUGCAUGGAACAUUACGUGGUUUUGUGUAUUGCCGAAAUGAAGAUCUGGAAGCUGGGUGGAUUGCAUUUGGCAGUGGCAGUCUUCUUCAUCGGCCUGUCUCUUUUGAUUGUAAACCAACUAGCCUUGCCCAGGUCAUUGACCACUAUUCUCUUCAGGUAUGCCAGACGGUACAAAUGCCACCAAACCAUUUUCCUGUUGGAAGCACUGUAACUACUGUGCAUUUUUGCUCAGAUGGAACCUAUGUGUAUUGGAUCUGGUCUCCUGCGAGCUUGAAUGAAAAAACUCCAAAGGGCCAUUCUGUUUUCAUGGACAUCUUUAAGCUAAGAGUAGAAAAUGGAGUAUGUACAGCAUUCCCACUAAGAGAACGUGUCAUUUUGAUGAAGAAAGAGGGUGAAUCAGCAAAAAGCAUUAAUGAAAUGCUUUUAAGUCGGCUGUCAAGGUACAGAGCUUCACCUUCUGCAACACUGGCUGCUUUGACUGGUUCCACUAUUUCCAAUACACUAAAAGAAGAUCAAACUGCUGCAAAUACAAGCUGUGGAUUACCACUUAAGACACUGCGAAAAACACCGAUGUACAUAUGUGGCACAUACCUGGUGAUGUUAAUAUCCCCUCCUGGCAGUUCAAGCAGUUCUGCAACGCGCUCAAUUUUUGGUGGCACAAGUGGUUUGUCUUCCCUAAAAAUUCUUGCUUCUAGUUUGGUGUUCAGUAUUUCUGAUGGACAGUUUACAAGUCGUGGUGACCUAGUUGAUGCAACAGGAAGUUCUCUUGGACGUGGUGCUGUAGUCUCAGGACUUGGUGCCUGUUAUGAUGCAGUGAAUAACAUGGUUUGGACGUGCUCUAAUGAUUAUAUGGAUCAGUGGAGUAACCCUGGAAAUCAGGCAUUCCACCAUGUGUGUCAGCGAUUGAGUGUUAGCCACAUCAUCAGUGAACCUAAAGAUGAAACUGUUACAACUGGUGAAGUUAUUAGCCAGAUGCUGCAUCAUGUUGGAGCCAUGUGCAUCCACCAGCUUCAUCUUUUGGCAGCCAGUAGCAGUCUGCCAGUUACAAGCUUCUUAGCCAAGCAACUUUCAGUUGAAGCUCACCAUCUUAACAGCAUUUGUGACAUUCUGGAGAAAGCAAUGGUCAACUGUGACACUUUCAUCAUUCGCUGCAUUCUUGUAGUGUUUCAGGUAGUAUCCAAGUUUUUUUGGGGUUCACAGACUGAGAAAAACAGAGAGGUUUUCAGGAGAUCAAGCCUGCUGCUUUGGCAGUUACUGAUGGCACCAGUAGACCAAAUUGGUUCAGAAAUCCAAAAGGAAGUUUGCUUAGCUAUAAGCUCAGGCUUGAACAUACUGUAUCCUGGUGAAUCCGAAGUUAAUAAUCUUCUGAAGCUGGUCUUAACAGAAGGAGAUAGAAGCAGUGGUCUUUCUCAGCUUCGUGAUGUUUUUCUUACCAGUUUUGCAGAACAGCUUCAGAACAACAGGUUUGGAAGUGAAGAUGAUGAUCACUAUAGGCUGAAUGAUGAACUUUUGCAUUGUAUCUUGAAGAUUGUUGUUAAAGAGUCUUGCAUCCUCAUCACCAAGUGCCAAACAGUCUCCAAAGAUGACUUUCAAAAACUUCUGUCCACUGUGCCUAUGGCAUCACCCUGCCUGCAGUAUCUUAUGGCUGUACAGAAUCAUCUCCUCAGCAAUACCAUCUUAAUUAAGCCAGAUGAACAUGACGACAGUGACAGCUCCUUGCAGGGAGAGACAUUGAAGGUACAGGAUCUUCAAUCUAGCAUUUUGAGUUUGGCUACAAAAAUCUUGACUGGAUGUGAUGAGGUUUUAGAAACACUGCAGCAAGUCACAACAGCUCUCAUCAACAGUGAUAUAGCUGACAGAGAACAAAGGCUGAGGGGCUUGGAGCAAGUCACAAAAGCUACAAUGCUUGGUCAUCUUCUUCCAGUGUUAUUGACAUCGCUGAUGCACCCAAACUUACAAACUCUGUUGAUGGCAGAUGCUUUAAUGCCUCAGUUGGUCCAGCUUGUUCUUUAUACCAGCCAGACUGCAUUGUUGCUUAAAACUCAGUCUCCCAUUUUCUCAGAACUAAGUGAUGCAUGUGAUGGAUCAUCAGAACAAAAGGGAAAAACAUUUUCGUCUGAUGAUAGUUUCAGAAUGCUGGAAGAGAGAGAGGAGCCUGGCUUUCUCACUGGCUUGAAAAUCCCUGCUCCCUGGGCUGCUGGGAAGACUGUAGAAACAGUACAUCCUGUCCGAGACAAUUACAAAUUUAAGGAGAUGGUGCAUAUCCCUGGAGCUCGUUGUCUGUAUUUGAGGUUUGACAGUAGAUGUUCAUCUCAAUAUGAUUAUGAUAAGCUUGUGAUAUAUGCAGGCCCCAACACGAACAGCAGGAAGGUUGCUGAAUAUGGUGGCAAUACCCUGGGAUAUGGCAGUCGAAGUGUCCUAGGAACUGGUUGGCCAAAAGACUUGGUUAAGGUGGAAGGAGAUACAGUUACGUUUUCCUUUGAGAUGCGAAGUGGUCGUGAGCACAAUACUCCUGACAAGGCUAUGUGGGGUUUUGCUUGUACAGUUCGGGCCCAGGAAUCCUCAGAAGAUGUAUCUGGAGGGUUGCCUUUCCUUGCAGAUCUGGCUUUAGGACUUUCUGUAUUAGCUUGCUCUAUGCUAAGGAUUUUGUACAAUGGACCUGAGAUCACCAAAGAGGAAGAAGCAUGCCGGGACCUUUUAAGAUCAAAGUUGUUACAGAGAUGCCAAUGGCAGGUGGAAGCAAAUGGUGCUCUAUCUCCUGCUCUCACCCCCAGUCCAUCUCCUUUACCACUCACUAUAGAAGAAGACCGGGAAUUCACAUAUCCUUCUGAUGUUCUUAUGCCACCUUCUGGAAAUUACUUUGAUCUACCAAGAAUCAGGUUACCUCCAGGAAUCAUGGUUAAACUCAGGGAAAUAUCUGGACGUGCCAGACCUCAGUUCAGACCCAGUAUUAGAGAAGUGAUUCAGCCCGAAGUUAUGGAAGAGAUGGUGGUGUCAUGUGUAAUCAAACACUUGAACCUUGUUGAUGCACUGCAGUCUCUUAUCAACUUCCAGUACCGUGAAGAGCAUGUUGAAGAAUAUGAUUUACUGUGCAAAAUCAUGGGAGAAACCUUCAAGAAACUAAAUGCCAUGGAGAGACAGUUGCAGAGUGUUGCUGAGCUGGAGCAGAAAUGGCAAAAUGAAGUAGAGGAUGCCAUCCAAGGAAAACUGGAUAAUAAUAAUCCAUAUUUUCAUGAUUACCAUUUUAAUGAGAGUAAAAUGAAGGAAUUGGAGCUUUUGUGCUCUCUAAAGGAAGUUCCAUUUGAUGGUACUGACCUAGAGAAUGUGGUCUUAUCAUUAAGAGAAAAAUUUUUUCAAGAAGUAAAUUCACUUGUGCCGAAGACUUCCCACCCAAUGGCUAAAACAAAGGCUUUAGUGAAGAGUCUUAUGAACAGAGCUGAAUUACUUCUCCAUGUUACCAUUGCUGCCCAGCCUGGGAUUUCAAGAAGUGUUUCUGACACACCGGCAGAGUCUCCAGCUUGCAAUUCAGCCUCUGAAAUAAAGGUGAUUUCCCAUACUGUUCGUCAGCCUGUGUUUCUUCGCAGCAUGUCAGCACCUUCUGAUCUAGAAAUGAUUGGAAAUGAGGAUUUAGAAUUCACUAGAGCAAGUCAGAGACGGAGGCAUGGGGGCAGCCAUCGUAGUAGCUCAUUUACUCUGCUUCAGUCCUUGGCUAAUGAAGACUGCAAAGACAAACCAACAUACAGUGUACUUUUAGGCCAGUUAUUUGCUUUCAUUGGAACUAACCCUGACCAAGCAGUUUCAAGUAGCAGUUUUUUGUUGGCUGCUCAGACAAGAUGGCGACGUGGUUGUACACGUAAACAGGCUUUAGUACAUAUGCGAGAACUUCUGACUGCAGCAGUCAGAGUUGGUGGUGUAACUCACCUUGUUGGACCAGUAACUAUGGUACUUCAGGGGGGACCCAGAAUUGAAGAACUGACUUGUGGUGGGAUGGUGGAACAAGUACAAGAAGCAUUUGGUGAGACCAUGACCUCAGUAGUUUCAUUGUGUUCUCGUUACCCAAUAGCCUGUGCAAACAGUAUUGGCCUUCUGUGCACUAUACCUUAUACAAGAAGUGAGGAAAAAUGUUUGGUGAGGAGUGGACUAGUUCAGCUAAUGGAUCAACUCUGUAGUUUAAGCAGUCAGCGGGAUUGUAGCUCCACAGAAAAGCAAACAAAGAAGCAGAAGGUUGCCACCAUGGCAUGGGCUGCAUUCCAGGUUUUAGCUAAUCGAUGUGUGGAAUGGGAAAAUGAAGAAGGUGUCUCUACUGGUGCAGUGCAUUCUGGUCUUGCACGCCAAGUUUCUAGUCUUUUGACCAACCAUUUGGCCAGGGCCACAGAGUGUUGUGGAAACCAAGCAGCAGGAAAUGAUGCCUUACAAGAUGUUCUCAGUCUUCUGAAUGAUUUGUCAAGGAGUAAUAUAGGCAAAGCAAUCUUGAGUCAACCUGCUUGUGUCUCUAAACUUCUUUCUCUACUGCUGGACCAGCGUCCAUCUCCAAAACUGGUCCUUAUUAUUCUGCAGUUGUGUCGUGUAGCCUUGCCUCUUAUGAGUGUAGAAGACUGUGGAAAUGUGGAAUUGCCCCCGUGGACUUACUCUGUACCUCCCUUGGAUAAUGAUCAAGAAGACUCCAGUGAUCCAGCAUCUAAGAUUGCGUCACUUUUGUUGGCUAAACUUGCUGACUAUGUUAUACCAGGUUGUCAAACAGUGCUUUCUCCAAGUUCAUCAGAGCCCGAUACCACCCUGACAAAAGGAAGUCCUAGGAAUUCACUAAAACUAGAUAAAGAUGCUGGAGAAGAGAGUGAAGCAGUGGAUGGUAAACUUUCAAUCUUUAUUCAUAAACGGGAGGAUCAGUCAUCCCAUGAAGUUCUGCAGCCAUUACUGAGCAGUUCAGAAGGUCGUCCAUUCAGACUUGGUACUGGAGCUAACAUGGAGAAAGUAGUAAAAAUGGAUCGAGACAUGACCAAGAGUGGCUGCUGUGAAGUAAUUACAGAAGAAGCUACUGCAGCCCUUCGCAAAGCAACUAAGUGGGCACAGUCAGGACUCAUAGUGAGUGUUGGACCACCAGUGGACUCCUCCAGCCAGGAAGCAGCAAGUGGGUCAUCAACAGGUGAUAAAAAGAAAACAGCACAAACUUCGGUCUGCAGGGAACGGAAUGCUGAACUUGCCAGGACAGAUCCAGUCAGACCUUUCAUUAGUGGCCAUGUGGCUAACAGUAUGGCUGCAGAAGUGAUUGCUUUACUUCAUAAUCUGCUUAUGGCCCCAGAGUCAAAUACAGCACAAAUCUGGACUACAACUGCAGAAAAAGUUCUGUCUCGUGCUCUCAUGUACAUUCCACAACUGGGGAAAUAUGCAGAAAGUAUUCUGGAAAAUGGUAGCAGCAAUGGCAGGAAGCUUUCAAAACUACAGGCUAUUGCCCGCCAGGCUAUAGCAGCACUUUGUGCACUUGGCGGAUUUAAAGAAACUAUUAAAAUAGGAUCAGAAGUACAGGUUGUUGGCAAAGGAGUGUCUGGGAGCUUUGGUUUGGUGAUGUCCGUGAAUGAACAGGAAGGCAUUGCUACAGUUAAAUUUCCUUCUUUAGAUUGUCGAAAGACUUCCAAGGCAUCAGACAUUUUAACUGUUCCAAUAUCUAGGCUUAGCACUCCUAGAUCUGAGGCUCUCCCACUGCACAAAUUGUCAAUUACAGAGAAAGUUGUGCAAGCUGUUCAGUCUAUGUUAGUUCCUCAAGAGGGGAGUCUUUCUAUUCAUACUUCACUUCCUGCAACUGGAGAUGGGUCCACACCAGUAAUGGCAGUAGUAAGACUACUUGCUGAAAUACGAACAAGAGCAUGUCUUGUGAUGGCUCAGCUUCUUGAAGAUAGUUCAUUCUGUGAAGAGUUUAUACAACAAUGUCCAGCUGCUGUUGAAGUUCUCAACCUAGUAGCACAGGAGUGCAGUCCCGGUGAGCGUCUCACUGUUGUAGAAAUGCAGUGUGAGAGGCUGAGAAUGCUGUAUCGAGAUUGUGCUCGCCCUCCUCCACCACCAUUACAGCCAGACAGAAGACAGCCAAAAGAGAUCACUUGGUGUCCUUUUCGAGUUUUCCCUCCUGUCCGGGCAUGCAUGUUCUCAUCUCAUCUUACUGCUGUAACAUUCCUGGCCGAUCCUAGUGCUGGAGGAGGCUUGCCACGUGGUACCUUUAUCUAUGCAACUUCCUCAAUUCCUGUACAAGCUCCGUCAUUUUACUGGGAGAUAGAAAUUGUCUCCUAUGGAGACACAGAUGAUGACAGUGGACCUGUUGUCUCUUUUGGAUUUGCUACUGAAGCAGAAAAACGGGAUGGAGCUUGGACAAAUCCUGUUGGUACCUGCCUUUUUCAUAAUAAUGGAAGAGCAGUACAUUACAAUGGUUCCAGUUUGCUACAGUGGAAGAGUGUACGACUUGAUGUAGCAUUGUCUCCAGGUGAUGUGGCUGGAAUUGGCUGGGAGAAGAUUGAAGGGACUCCUCCCCCUCCAGGACAGUUACCUAAAGGAAAAGUGUAUUUCACGUAUUGUGGACAACGACUCGGGCCCUAUCUGGAGGGAGUUUCAGGAGGCAUGUGGCCAGUUGUACACAUUCAGAAAAAGAAUACCAAAGUGCGUGCCAAUUUUGGCUCCCGUCCAUUUGCUUUUGCAGAAGGGCAGGCACACAGAAAUGCAGCUGAUUUGUGUAUUGAUCUGUCUGAAGAAAUCAGUGCCAACUUUGAAGUUUUACCAUUUGCUAUGGCUUCUGAUAGUGACAAUGAUGCUGGUACCAGCACUGCCUCGGAUUCUGGCUCUCAUGGACCACCAUGUAGAAUCGCUGCUGUUGCUACUGCAUUGCAACAGUAUGACAGUGAUGCUUCAUGUCAUUAUAAAGUGGAACUCAGUUAUGAAAACUUUAUCACAUCUGGUCCAAAUCCCCACCCACCUCCAAUUGCUGAUGAUGAAACUGAUGAUGAUGAAGAUGAUGAUAUUGCACGGGAGGAUCAUUAUGCUCUUCUGGUCAAGGCAUGGGAGACUAAAGUUUUCCCCACAAUCAGACGCAGAUUUCGUAAUGAGGCAGAGAGAAAGUCUGGUUUGGAUCAAAUCAAGGGAGCCCUACAGUUAGGUAUGGUGGAUAUUGCACGACAGACGGUGGAAUUUCUUUAUGAAGAAAAUGGUGGUAUACCAAGAGAUCUUUAUCUUCCUACUAUUGAGGAUAUCAAAGAUGAAGCUAAUAAGUUCACAGCUGAUAAAGUUCGAAAAGGACUUACUGUUGUGAUUCGUUGCCCAGACACGAACAGUGGAACUGGCAGCACUGUGGGGACGGCUUUGCCCAAGUUUGCUAUUAGAGGGAUGCUGAAGACUUUUGGCCUUCAUGGAAUAGUUCUUGAUGUAGAUUCUGUCAAUGAGUUAGUGCAAGUUGAGACUUAUCUUCGAAGUGAGGGAGUACUGGUACGUUACUGGUAUCCAAUAGAUAUGCUAGAACGACCACCUCUGGGAUAUCGACGUACAGCUGCUAAUGGACUUGUUACUCUGGACAGCACAAACAUUCAGAUUCAUAGAGAGCUACUACGUUGUGAAGCAUCUCUUGCCAGAUUGUACUGCCGUAUGGCUUUGCUCAACAUUUUUGCUCCCAAAUACCCACAUACUUUUACUCGUCUCUUUCAUAUUCCUGCAAUUCGAGACAUCACUCUAGAACAUUUGCAACUGUUAUCUAACCAGCUACUUGCACCACCUCUUUCAGAUGGCACCGUCAGUUCAAGUUCUAUUUUCCUGGCCCAGUCACUUCAGCACUGUAUUCAGGAUCAAAGCUGUUCUCCCACUGACCUUUUCUAUCAGGGCAAUGCACAACCCAUUAGAGAAUGGCUGACUGUAGCAAUCACAAGGGCUUUACACCAAGGCGAAGAAAGCUUGUUGGAGUUAACCAAACAGAUGUGUUCAUUUCUUCAGAAUGUACCAGAACAGUUUCCAUCUGAAGAGUUUGUAAUUUCGGAGUCUAAAGUCAGCAUGGAUGUUCACUUUCCUGGUGCUGCAUUUGUAGUUGUGUCCUGCAAGGAGAGUCCUACUGGCUUUCGCAAAGACUCCUCUCUUUAUAAAGCUCCUUGGGCAAGGAUAUUUGUGUAUGGUUUAGGUCACAAGGUUAAAAGAAAUGGACAGCUGAACUUGAUAGAAGCCAUUUGUUAUCCUCGAGAUGCCUCACCAACAAAUACAGGUCUUACUCCGCCUCCAACAACAAACCAGUACCCCUCUGUUAUUAUCCCAUCUGACAAGGUGCACAUCAAGUUAGGUGUAUCUCCAUCUCCUGGGGCAGUGUUAACAUUGCACUCCCUUCCUCUUGAGUUUCCUCUGGCCAUGACAUUUGCAGAACAGUUACUGAUGUGGAAACUUGGAGACAGCGAUGGGAAAUCAGAGGAUGAACUUGACAUAAUUCCAGCAUCGGUUCUUCUACAAGUCAUUGAGCUGCUCUGUGGUCUUCUGUGGACAACAGACACUGCAGCUGACAUUAAGCAAUAUAUUUUUCACCUUCUGGCUGAAUUGCUUCGAAAAGUUCACUCCUUAGAACAGAGAAAGAAUCCCUCAGGGUUAUCAUCAUCCAUUGCUCUUCAGUUGAACCCCUGCUUGGCCAUGCUUAUGGCUCUGCAGACAGAGUUGCGUAAACUGUAUGAUAAAGAGACUCAAAACUGGGUGGCAGGAAAUGUUUGUGGUGGGUCAAGUGCAGGAUUCUUGGAUCAAGGAAGGUUUUCUACAUAUUUUCAUGCAUUAAUGGAAGUAUGCCUUGCUGUGGUAGAAGUCACUCUACCAAUUAACAUGAGCACUGCUGUUUCUGUAAUGUCAUCAACAAAUGCCCCAAAUCUAAGUGAUUCAUCAUCUUCCUCAUCCUCCUCUCCAGGACAGACACCACAGAGUCCUAGUUUGCUUUCAAAAAGAAAGAAGGUAAAAAUGAAACGAGAAAAGACAACUUCAUCAGGCAAAAGAGCUUCUUCCCGUGCCAAUGAAUUGGAUGCUGCAGCUUUUAACAUUGGUGGAAGUAAACCAGAAGAUAUGCUGUGGUUUCACAGAGCGUUAACAUUACUUAUGAUUCUUAGACACCUAACAAAUAAAGACCCUCGUGGUCUGGGGUUGACAAAUGAUGCUGUCACAGAUGCGUGCCAGGCUCUAGUAGGGUCAACGGCCCAUAGUAGGUUACUUGUGAUUUCUGGAAUCCCUACUCACCUAGAGGAAAGUGUUGUGAGAAGUGCAAUCCGUAGAGCAUGCAAUGCACAUGGUGGAGUCUUCAAAGAUGAAAUUUACAUCCCUUUGCAGGAGGAGGUCAUUAAAAAAACAAAAGGUAAAGCAGAAGGUGUAGACAGCAAGACUGAGCCAGAGAGGUGCUCUGUAGUUGGUAGUGUUGACAGUUUGGAUAUCAGCAGUUGUAGCAGUGUCACACCUGCUGUGAGUGUUAGUCCUUCUGCAUCUACAAGUCAGACUUCCAUUUGCAGUUCCCAGGGUGUUUCCAGGACAACCAGUGACAUUUCUGUUGACCAGUUCCAACCUGAAAUAACUGUUCCUGCUGGAACUCUGGAACCGCACACAGUUUCCAGUCAGGAGAGUUUGGAUCUUUCUUUGUGUAGCACUGGGAGUUUAGGCAGUUUGGGCAGCCUUGGAGAACCUGUGGAUAGUGUUGACUCUGCUUCUGUGUCUGAUGUUGGCUCGAUGUACACCGUCACCUCUCUGGACAACAGUCAAUUGACUUUACGGCCAAUUAAAGGAUAUGCAGUCAUCGAGGUAAGAUCAAGAACAAAGAUAGAAAAAAUUCGUGCCAGUCUUUUUAAUAGCAGUGAUUUAAUUGGAUUAUCUAGCCUUGAUGGUGAAGAUGAACUAAUGGAAAUGUCAACUGAAGAAAUUCUUACAGUCUCCACUGUGAACCAAAGCCUGUUUGACACUCAGGGAAGUCCAGCUCUUGAAGAUUAUUUUCUUGAGAAAUCGAUGAAAGGUGAUAAGUUGAUUACUGGAGCUCGAGAUGUUCUCACAGACAUUUUUAAAAGUUGUGUGCAUUCAGAACAGAUGCUGAGUCUGACCCCAGCAAAAUCUGUAAAAGUAUCAGACAUUUACCUCAGUAAAGAACAGAUUAAUUCACAGACUCCUGGAAACCUCCUCCAUACAUUUUUUACUAAUGUCCGUCCACCAAAGAAGGUCCUUGAAGAUCAGCUCACUCAGAUAUUGAGAAAGUACGGUGUUGCCAAGCCCAAAUUUGAGAAGUGCAAAUACAGCAAAGCAGGGAAAGAACAACAUCCUGGGAAAGUCGUAAGUACCAAACGACCAAUAAGCAAGCCCCCAACAAAGGAGAAGUCUGUUAUUAACAGUGUCAGGACUGCAUUAAGUGAGAAGAAACCUACAGUAAAGCCAAAAUCCCCAGAAAAAAGCAAACCUGAUGAGAAAGAUCCUAAAGAUCCAGACAAGUCACCUACAAAGAAACCAGAAGUUCCUGAAGAAAAGUAUUUAACUCUGGAAGGCUUUCACAGAUUUGUUGUAGAUCGUGCAAAACAAGAUAUUCGCAGUGUGUGGCGGGCCAUUCUGGCCUGUGGUUAUGAUCUUCACUUUGAAAGAUGUUCUUACAGUGAUAGCAGGUAUGCUCAGAAGACCAGCAAGAAAUGGACCCUGGAAAUGGAUGUUGCCCUUGUUCAGUAUGUUAACCGUCUUUGUCGACAUCUUGCCAUCACACCAGCAAGAUUACAUCCUCAUGAGGUCUACUUAGAUCCAGCUGAUGCUGCAGAUCCUAGAGUCUCCUGCCUUUUAAGUGUUCCAGUUGAAAGUCUCCGCCUUCGGUUUGCAUUGCUUCAGUCUCUUAACAAUACAUUGGAAUCAUUCUUUCUGCCACUGGUGGAAUUGAGACAGACUGAUAUGUAUACAAACAGCAUUGCUGCAUUAUUACGGGAAGCAAAAGGAUUAAUCUUCUAUGACACAAAAGUGAUUGUGAUGAAUAGAGUAUUAAAUGCGACGGCACAGAGAACAGCAGACCAUGCAGCUCCAGAAAUUACUCUUGAUCCAUUGGAAAUAGUGGGAGGUGAGAUCCGAUCUUCUGAAAAUUCUUACUUCUGCCAGGCAGCUAGACAGCUUGCUUCUGUACCAUCUUCUCAGCUCUGUGUUAAGCUUGCUAGCGGAGGGGACCCAACAUUUGCCUUUAACAUCCGCUUUACAGGUGAAGAGGUGCACGGAACAAGUGGUUCAUUCCGACACUUUCUCUGGCAAGUGUGCAAGGAACUGCAGAGCUCCAUGCACUCUCUUCUGUUGCCUUGCCCUAGCUCUGCAGCCAACAGAAAUAAGGGCAAAUACAUACUGACUCCCAGUCCUAUUACAUAUGCAGAAGAGCAGUUACUACAUUUUUUUGGACAGUUGCUGGGAAUUGCAAUUAGAGCUGAUGUUCCACUACCCAUAGACCUUUUACCUUCAUUCUGGAAGACGUUAGUAGGAGAGCCACUGGACCCAGAUUCAGACCUGCAAGAAGUGGAUGUCAUUACCUACAACUACAUUAAAAAAAUUGAAAAUGUCAAUGAUGAGUCAGAACUGGAGGCAUUGUGUGCUGAAAUGACAUCUCAACAUCUAGCUACGGAGAGUCCUGACUCCCCAAAUAAGCCACAGUGCAAGUUUACAUACUUAACAGUGACUGGAGAAGAGGUAGAGCUGUGUCCCAGUGGAAGGAAUAUCACAGUAGUAUGGGAGAAUAAGAAUAUAUAUGCUUCAGCAGUAAAAAACCUACGGUUACAAGAAAUGCAGAAUGUGGAAUGCAUGACUGCAGUACUAGCUGGCUUGGGCUCUAUCAUUCCACUGCAGCUGACAACCGUAUUAACACCACUUGAAAUGGAGCUAAGGACCUGCGGACUUCCUUACAUCAACUUAGAAUUUCUGAAGACACAUACUAUGUAUCAAGUUGGAUUAAUGGAAACCGAUCAGCACAUUGAGUACUUUUGGACAGCACUAGAAAUGUUCACUCAGGAAGAACUGUGUAAAUUUAUUAAGUUUGCCUGUAAUCAGGAACGAAUCCCCUUCACCUGUCCAUGCAAAGAUGGAGGUCCUGACACAGCACAUGUUCCCCCCUACCCAAUGAAAAUUGCACCUCCAGAUGUGGCUACAGGCUCCCCAGAUUCACGCUAUAUACGUGUGGAAACAUGUAUGUUUAUGAUAAAACUUCCUCAGUAUUCUUCUUUGGACAUCAUGCUGGAGAAGCUGCGAUAUGCCAUUCAUUACAGAGAGGAUCCUCUGAGUGGUUAAUCACAACAAAGAUGUGCUUGAACUGUAGCAUUCCUGGAUUCUUUGCACAAAUGGUCUUUUUUGUGUUUACUUGAAGUACUUCCUUUGACCUCCCUUAUGAACUUGAUUUUGUAUCAGUGCUGGGAGUCCCAUAUAUACAUAUAUAUAAAUAUGUAUACAUAUGUAUAUAUUUUAUACAUGUGGAUUUUGCAGUGCAUUGGAUGUUUAUUUUGUCUGUCUGUAAUCCCUGAAGGAUUAUUUACAAACAGUUUACUGUGUGGUGUUUGGAAAACAGAAAGUUUGCAAACUGUUCUAAAUUUUCCCUUUGCUUUACAAAAUAUUUACUUUAACAGAAGAGAUACAACAAGAAAAUGUAAUUACAUUUUAAGCCAGUUUUUAGAAAAUUAUGCCAUUGUUAUUUACUUUCAACAAAUGUUAGAUUGCUGAAUUUAAAGUAAUCAGCAAGUUUAAAUAAUUAACAUUUUUUUUAUUUAUUUGUUAUUGUCUUGAUACACAGGGAUAAAAUGUUCUUGGAAAGGUUGUUGUGCUGCUUACUCUUGUGCAUUUUGCACUACUUUCUAUGUUUCACUUCUACUGCAGGUCUCUGUAGAAAUCCAGAAUUGCUUGCAGUUAUCUGAAUUGGUUUGUAUAGUCAUAUGUGAUGUUUUCCCAGAAGAUAAUAAGCAGACUGGCAGAUCAGAUACAAAUGAUUAUCCCUUAGAUCAAGAAAUUGCUUGUACAUGCUAAUGCAUUGUCGAUGAUAGCUUAUUACAAAUUGUUUCCUAGUCUACAGUGGUUUGUAAAUGAUAGAUGCUUGAAAGAGCCAGGAGAAUGUAAAUUAAGACAUGCUACAUGUUAAUAAGAAUUCAGAGUUUGUGCUCAUUUUAGCACAAGUGCCUAUAACUUAAUGCACAAUUGUUGAAAUACUAUUGGGGGGGGGCUUUGUUUUGAAUUAAGGUUCUAAUAGCUUUACUUGGGACCAUAAAUAAGAGAUAUUUACUGCAGUUUUUGAGAGAAUCUUCAUUUACUCAAGGAAAUGAUAUAUGCAAAUAGUUAAAAUUCAGUGACAAAUAUCUUUUCAUCAAAGUAUUAAAGAACAGAAAUUUAAAAAUUAUUAUAGUAAGGAAAUGUGGGAAACAGCAGUUGAAUAUAAUGAUAAAGUACACUACAGGCAUGCUACUAUAUAAUGUGCCUAUACUGCAGUUCUUGGCAGUAUUUUUGUUUAAAUUGUUUUAUGAUAGAUUAUAUAUUGAAAACUUUGAGUGAAUGUUAUGAUAUUUCAUAAAACGAAAGGAAAAUAGGCAAGUAUCUCAUUUUGUAGCAGCUUUUGCUGAAUGCAAAAUCGGGAUUCCCUCUACAGUGUUGAAAAGUCCAUGCUUUGAAAAAAAACAUGAGUAGUAGUAAUGAUUUGCACAUUGAGUAUAUUGCAUUUGUAUAAGCUUAAUGAAUUAAGCUUUGUUGGUAAUAAAAACUUCAGCUAGGCUUCAGUUUUAGAAUUGCAGAAAUUCAUAACAAGCUCAUCUUAAAAAAAAUCAGUGAAUUAUGUAGUACUUGCUGCACAAACCUCUAUACCCAGUUUAAAGAUGUCUGCCACUACUAGUGUGCAGGUGUAACUUCCUCAACAUGCACAUUUUACUUGUUAAGGCCAUGGUCAGUAGAGUGGCACAAGUAUGAUGAGGGUACUGAACAAAUAUUGUGAUUUUUGGUUGUAUUGAGAACUCUUAGUCGGAUGUGUUAGUGUAAAUAGUUUGUGUGUAUAUAUCUAUAUAAUAUAUAGAUAACUUUUAAUUGUGAUGUGCGAGAUUUAAGAAGGACAUAUGUAAUUAACGCUUGGUGAAAGAUUGUGUAAAACCUUUGUUGGCAAUACCUGAGUGAAUGGCAAUAUAGUGUGUUAAGAAAUGUUAAAUUAAACAUUCUGUAUGUAAUGUAUUGAUUAUCUGGAUCUUUUAUUGGUUUUCAUUUGUAUGGAAAAUACAUGUCCUCUUUUGCUC